AUGGAGACGUGGACGGAACUGUGGGACACCAAGCGGUGCGUCAACCCGGCCUGCAAGGUCAACGUUGUCAACCGCGACGUGAAUGGAGCGGUGAACAUCCUGAUGCUGACCAAGUGCUUUUUUGAGAGAACGAGUCUCGCCUCAGCGACAACAUGGCCCGCUGCGAGCACAGCGGCGGCGCGGCCGAGCCUGCAGCAGAUCCGGGCAGCCGCUGAGCUGAGCUGGCAGGAGCUGGACGAGCACAUGCACCGAGCGGGGGCCUCGCGUCAGGGGAGCCCCGCUGGGCCGGCGACGCCCCGGCCCAGCGUGGAGGAGACCGCGGACGGCUCGGUGCGCGUGAUCCUGCACAUCCCCGCCGGCCUCUCCGUCCCCGGCUGGGGCGCGGAGGGCGGCACCACCCUGCUCCAGCGCUCCUCCGACGCGCUGGGCACGCUGAGCGUGCGGGUCUUCCGCCCCGCGGCCAGCGACCGGCCUGCCAGGGUGGAGAUCGCCGGCGCCUUCCAGGCGGCCGACCUGGCGCUGCUGCAGGCGGCGGCGCGCGGCGCGUGCGGCCUGCCGGGCGGCGCCCGGCCCUGGGCCGACGAGCUGGGAGCGGUGCUGGGCCUGGGGCGGGGCCUGGGCUCCGUCUUCGACCUGGGCCCGCUGGGUCCCAUGAUGCAGCACAUGCAGGAGUUCAUGCGCGAGUUCCAGGCCCUGGAGGGCGAGGAAGCAGGCCCAGUCUACCCUGGGGAGGAGCGUGACGCGGCGCCCUUCCCCUCCGCCCAGCAUCGCGCCAAGCGCUUUGACGACUGGGGCGGCGGCGGCCGCGAGCAGGCCCCCUCCCCCGCGGCGGCUGCGGAGAGGGUGCUGACGGAGCACGGCGCCACCGUCAUCCACCCGGGCCCCCCCGGCUCGGUGGACUGGGGCGUGCUGGCGGGUUACGAAGCUCAGAAGCGGCAGAUGGAGGACACCCUGCUGCUCUCCCUGCUGCACCCCGAGGUCCACGCCGGCAUCGCGGCCCGCACCCGAGCCGCCCCCGGCCCCCUCCGCCCCCGGGCCGUGCUGUUCGAGGGGCCGCCCGGCACGGGCAAGACCACCAGCGCGCGCAUCCUGGCCACCCAGGCCGGCGUGCCGCUGGUCUACAUCCCACUGGAGUCCAUCGCCUCCAAGUGGUACGGCGAGGCCGAGGCGAGGCUGGGGCGCCUGCUGGCGGCCUGCGAGGCGCUGCCGAGCGGCUGCAUCGUGUUCCUGGACGAGGUGGACUCGCUGGCGACGGCGCGGGGGGAGAGCAUGCACGAGGCCACCCGACGGACGCUGGGCGUGCUCCUGCGGCACAUGGACGGUUUUGACGCCAACAAGCGCACGGUGGUCAUCGCGGCGACCAACAGGAAGAGCGACCUGGACCCGGCGCUGCUCAGCCGCUUCACCACCAGCGUCUACUUUGGCCUGCCCACGGAGGACGACAGGCGAGAUGAGGGGCUGGGUGGUGGGGUACUUGGACUGAGGUUCGACCAUCGGGCCCACAUCCUGGAGCAGUAUGCGAAGCACUUGACCCCGGAAGAGCUGGCAGAGCUUGCCGGCGGGACGCCCGGACUGGCGGGGCGGGACCUGAGGGACGUCUGCGAGCAGGCAGAGCGGCGCUGGGCCUCCAAGGACGUCGCCCCCUCCGCCCUGCCCGCUUACAUGCUCAACGCCGAGGAACGUCGCGCCAGCUCAACAGACUCCACAAGCACGGCGCAUGGUGCCGCGGCCGUGCAUUCCGGCGUGUCGACAUCCUUCCCACUGCAAAAGGCCCUUGUCGGGCCUCUUCGGCAAGUGAGCUUGGACCUCCUCACGGCAGCCGCGCUGGCGCACGACACGGAUACCCCGCCCGAGAGGCACUCCAUCUUCCAAGAUGUCCUCGAACAGCUUUCUGGUCGACAGGAGGGCUCAGUAUCCCGGACCACGUCCGGCCUCGUCCCCCUGCCCUCCCUCCACUUCCUGGAGGGCCUGCUGGAUGACAUGGAGAUGAACUCCUCCCACCCCAACGAGCCCCCCCUGUACCUCCCCCUGGACAGCUUUGACCUGGUGGACCGCAGCUGCAGUGGCGAGCAGCCGGCCAUUGGGUCCCCGCCGGACCAGCCCCACCACGGCCUGCCCUCCCCGCGCGCGCACCCCAGGCCCCUCAUCCGCCAGCCCUAUGUGACCUACAGCACUCCUCCCCGGGCUGCGCCCCCGACCUGCGAGCCCCCCGCCGCGGGGACGACCCCCGGCGGCCGCUGGCGUGCCCGGCGGCAGGGCCCCUCCCGGCUGCGCACCGGGGCAUCGGCGGAGCGCGCUGGACGGCGCGCGGCGCCCCCGCCGGACGACGAGGAGGACGAGGAGGAGGAUCUCGAGGCCCCGGAGAUGGUGCUGCUCACCAGCAAGUCAGGGCGGGUGCGCAGGGUGGCCUCCUUUGUCGGCGGCAAGCGGGCGCGGGAGGCCCUGCAGGCCGUCAGCCCGGCUAAAGCCCCCGCGGCCCUCCGAGCGCUGCCCGGCUCCGAGUCCGAGCUCAGCGUGGGCGGGGAGUCAGGGGAGGAGGCGGACCUCGGCAGCGGGCGCCUGGGACGGCGCGGCAGGGGCGCCAAGGCCCAGCGCACGACGUGCCUGAACUGUGGCUGCCACUCCACGCCCCAGUGGCGGUGCGGCCCGCUGGGGCCCCGCACGCUGUGCAACGCGUGCGGAGUGCGGUUCAAGAAGGGCCUGCCCCUCAACUGCUGGCCGCUGCGCGACGGCAUGGUGCUGCCGCCCGGCGCCACGCUGCCGCCGGGGCUGGAGGUGCCAGAGGGCAUGCGCAUCUACUCACACGCGCAGGCCGGGUGCCUGGACUGA